GCAGCUCUCCUUCGGCCUUCCUCCCUCGCCCCGCCCAAUCUUCCGCUCGCGGACUCCGGGGAGUGACGCACUUCCGGUAGUGCCGCCUAGUGUGCGGCGUUCCCAGAGUGAGAGACAGGACGAGAUGGAGGCGCAGUGGUCGGGUGGUGUGGCUGAGGCUACGUCUACAGCCUCGGGCUCGAAGACGGCGAACAAAGUUCCCAAAGAGCUUCUGUCGCUGGACCCGAAGCUGCAGACCGAGUUUCAGAAGCGGGUGGCAAAUGUCCGCAAGCGCGGAGCUAAUAAGCCAGAGAAACUGACUCCUGGAGUGGUAUAUUUGGGUCACCUUCCCAGAGGCCUUUAUGAACCUCAACUCAAGGAAUACUUCACUCAAUUUGGAACUGUCAAAAGACUUAGGCUCUCCCGAAGUAAAAAGACUGGAAAUAGUAAGGGCUAUGGAUUUCUGGAGUUUGAAUCUGAUGAUGUUGCUAAGAUUGUUGCUGAUACAAUGAACAACUACCUUUUUUGUGAAAGGCUAUUGAAGUGUCAUUUUGUGCCACCUGAAAAAGUACAUGAAGAACUUUUCAAAGGUUGUGACAUUCCAUUUUCAAAGCCCUCUCAUCCAGCAGUAAAACGCUAUAACAAGGAACGGACAUAUGAAGAAAAGAUAAGAAUGGAGAAGCGAUUUAAAAAGAAAGAAAAUAAGCUCCGAAAGAGAUUAGCUGAAAAGGGAAUAGAUUAUACAUUUCCUAAAUUAGUUUUACGGAACAGAAGAAAAAAGGUUGCAGGGACUACUCUUGAGAAGUCUGUUGAUAAUGAGGAUUUACCCAAGAGGGAAAAAAUGAAUGUUUCAGAUGCUGUCUUUAAUUCUGUGGACAGCCAGGGCUCCACAUCCAUUUGUUCACCAACAUUUUUAGAGAGGCGGAAAGCUCAAGCAACUGAAAUGAAUGAUAAUGAAGUAGAUAAUGAAAUUGUACUUAAACUACCACCAAUUGUUAACAAGAAAGUAACACCAUUGACUCAGACUCCACCAAGUUCAAGAAGAAAAAAGGCAAAGAACAAUAAAGGAUUAUCCUGAAUAUGGCAUCUGCCCAGGGAACUUGGGUUUUGUUAUUAGAACCUAUUCUUGUAUAUGAGUAGUUAUGAGUAGUUCUUCUUAACCAUUUGUUAAUUGUUAGUUUUGUGGGGGAAAUCUUUUGUAAAAUUCUUCCAUUUACCAAUAUAGAUAAUGCUAACUGACUACUUUUGCUUUAAUGAUAUUUGAAAAAAUUAUUUUACUUUUAUGAAAAGAAGUAAAACUGCUUUUGUAUUUGCUCAUUCUUUAGCAUGAUAAAACAAGGUAAACGUUUUCAAGUUUUGCUAAAUGUAGAAAGGUAAUACUCAGAUUUAGAGGAAGAAACAGCAUCACCAGUAUGAGUACGUAAGGGGAAAAUUUUUAACCUGCUGUUGCCCAAAAGUGUUAAUGUAUGCUACCUCUUCAGUUGCUGUAUUGUGUAUUGUGCUGCUUGCUAGUUAUGCAAAUACUGUACUUUCCACUUCUGUUACUUUUGUUUUGCCCACAGUCCCAUAAGUGAACCCUGUUAACAAAGUACUUUACUAAGACCACAUUGGUUUUUGGGAUCAGCUUGUACCGUGCUCUUUGUCUAACAUACUAACAUAAAAGUAUUCAUAUCA